AUGCAGGUUUUACGGCGCGAAGCUUCAUCUAACACGACUGACGCCAAACCUGUUAACAUGAUUGCAGCAGUGGAAUCAAUCCUUUGUCAGACGGAGGCAACGGAGGAGAGUAAGAGCCUCAUCCGACACCAAGUGUCGUCUCUCCUGAUGGCCCACAGGCCGCGGGAAGUGCUUUCCAAGCUCGAGCGUGAUGCGCUUAGAGAACUCAAGGUCGACAAAGACCUGGUCAUCGUUCCAGCGGACAAGGGGCGCUCCACGGUUGUGCUGGACAUGACAGACUACCUUCAAAAAGCCAAAGGUUUACUGGAGGACCGACAGUUCUAUGUCCCAUGUGCAACGAACCCUUUAAAGGCGCUGACACGCGAAAUUAAUGCUACGUUGUUGGCCUUGGAGAACUCAGGUGCAAUAACACCGAACGAAAGGCGCAUGGCGAGCCCCCAAGAUACGACUUUGGCCCGAUUCUAUGGCCUCCGUAAGGCGCACAGGGGCGGCGCUCCUCUCCGACCCAUCGUGUCGUUCAAAGGGACGCCGACGUACGGACUGGCUAAGUGGCUGUUCCGGCGUCUCAAGUUCCUGACCACUGAGUCAGACACCACAGCACAGCAGAUAAAAGUUCUUCUUUUCAUCAAAUCAUUACUGCAGCCGAAGGACUCUGACGCACGCACUCAUUAG